GUCACGGCAAGCGUUCGGAUUUCCUUCCCGUCGCUUUUCAGCUGAUUCUUUUCGUUUCUCUCCAUUGUAACUCUGUCGUGAACUUCGUUUCAUCUUUGAGUCUAUCCCUUGAGUGGAAAUAUGCGACGCGGGGCAAUGGGCCAACAUGUCUGGAUUUGAAAUUGCCGGGCUGGUACUGGGAGCCUUUCCGCUCCUCGUUGGGGCGGCGAAGCCCCUCUCGACUUACCUCCAGGGCUCACAGAGAUGGUGGAGUUUUAAGAACGACUUCAUGGGGUUCCUUACAACUAUUGAAGACGAGUCAAUUGCGUACUCACAGAACCUGGAGCUCCUUCUGUCGCCGCUCAAUCUCGACUCCGACGUUCAAACCAGUCUUCAAGAAGAUUCUGCGUCGCCGUUCUGGGGCGAUGGCGCCAUCCAGUCCCAACUCAGGCAACGUAUAAAGGAGCAGUACUUCACAUGGUUUACUGGUCAACUGAAGGAGAUGAGAGCGACACUGGAUGAGCUGUACAAUAUGUUGCCCAUGGAGAAUGGACAGGUUUGCUAUCCCAGGCCUGGCACAAUGGACUACGAGAAACUAAGAGUGAAACUGAGUUUUUCCUCACGGAGACAACAACUCCUAGACAAGGUUGUUCGUAUCAACGAGACCUUGUACAAAUUCUUAAGCAAAGACUCGCAGAUCAAUGGCAGAACCCCCUACACCGAGACCGCCUGGAUUCCCAAGUCCCGCGGCAGCAACUCGCCCGGGUCCAAAAAGGCCAGUGCCUUUAUGAAGCUUCAAUCCGAAGCCAGGGCACUAUCACAAGCGUUUCAAGCGCAGUGGAGCUGCCGGUGUCCUCGAGCCCAUCAUUGCGGCAUCACAACUGAGUGGCUUCAAGGCCGCUUCGAGUCGCAUAAACCAAGUUUGAAGCUGCUAUUCGGUUUCUGGGAAGGACGGGCCGAAGUAACGCAAGUGAGGGUGGGCUCGUUGACGGCAGACGAGUCCCUGGCGGACUCGAAGACCACUCCGUCUUCUCAAACUUCGCGAGAACAAGUAUCGGAAUUGCACCGAAGUUUACGGCAAGAUAUGACAGAGAAACAAUUUGGCAAGAUGGCAGAGAAACGAAGUGUUGCCUUUGCCGCCGUUUCCGUGUCAUCUACUCUUGUUGACCCGACUCAUUCCAUCGAGCGGAAGAGGGAGAGCAGGAAGCUGACAAAAGUACGCGGGAGUAUCAUGAAGGCGAUUGGCAUUAGUUCCUUCAGUUCCUUCAGUUCUUUGGCGUCCAGCACGGGAACCACUACCGAAUCCUCUACCUUGAUCUCGACAUCAUCAUCAUCAUCCACGGCCAAGUCUGUCCGCUUUUCCAACACGCCGAUUUACGAGUCGAUGAAAUCCUCAAGGCAGGAUAAUAUCGAGGACAUCUGCGCAUUCCUCAAAAGUACACCGACUUGGAUUGACGCCCAGCACCCCACUGCGAACUACAAAACCCUGUCGUUCACACUCGACCCUCCCGAUCGUUCCGAACUGACCAAGCUAGAGUUUGAGGAUCUUCAGAGCCUCUCCCAGAGCACGCCACGGUUACCGGACCGUCUCUGGGUGGGACUGAACAUCGCUCUCACGAUCCUCGGACUCGGCACCUCGUGCUGGAUCCCCCGCGGCUGGGACCGCCGGGAGGUAUUCGUCAUGAAGAGCAAGGUCCCCAACGCCAAAACCAUCGGUCCCUACUUCCUACACGAGUCCCUCGCCGUCACGCUCACCGAGGAGAUGAAGGACGCGCGGAUCCACGCGGAGGCGGCGCUGUUCUCGCUCGGCGUCAUAUUGCUCGAACUCACCUACCAGGAGACCCUGGAGCAGCAGUCGUUCUGGGCCACGUAUUGCGAGGAGGACGGGCGGCCCAACGACUGGACGCACCAAUGCACGGCGAUGGAGUGGCAGUCCAGGGUGGAGGCGUAUUACGGCGAUGACCUCUCCGAGCCGAUACGGCUGUGCGUCGAGGGCAGGUUCUCUCGGGAGGCAGACCUUGGCGACUCGGGCUUUGUGCAGGAGGUCAUCGAUAAUGUCGUGGUGCCGAUUGAGCGGUUUCUGUCGUCGUGGAGAAAACUCUCUUGAUUAUUACUCUGUCUGGCAUAGAUCCCCUCGAAACAUCAUGCGGAGCCUAUGAAAAAAGAAUGGGAUCGAUCAUUCACUGCUCUCUAUCCACUACUCUAAUGUUCCCCUCCCUCCCGGAGAUGCAUUGACCUGGCCACCCCUUAGGAAUUUUUAGUGGUCGGUGCCCCUCAACGGUGCGGCGGCCGGCAGGGAUGGCGGGGCGGGUCCGGAGAGGCGGCCGUUUCAAUGUCGGCGAAAAACGGGUCUGCUUCUGAACUGCUAAGCA